AUGGAUGGUCAUGUGAGCAAUAUACUUUCAAGAACCUCAACAGAAAUCGUUCCGAAAGAGAUCAAUAAUCAAUUUUUCAUGGAUUCGGUACACAAUGGUGAUGUUAAUACAUCAAUAGAACUUGCGAAAGACAAUAUAAAUGAUAUCAAAAAACAUAUCGUCGCUCAUAAAAUCUCAAACGAAGCGAGUCAUCCUUCGAUCAAGCACAGUUUAAUCCAGAAUGAAAUAAAUUACAUUCAACUCCAGUCGAGCGGGGAUUGGGCCACUUCAGGUCAAGUCAAUGAUCGCUCAAACCAAGCUAAGACAGAGCCUAGCCUAAUUUCGAUUCAAUCAGAUCAAAAAUCAGUUGUUAAGAAGCUUGAAGGUCAAAGCGUUCCAAAUUUUGGACUUGCAGACAGUGCGCAACAAAAUCGGUUUUCAAGAGGAAUUAUAAAUUCAGUGACUUCCGAGAAGAAAGAAUCACAAUUAUCAAAUUCGAUCACCAAGGAUACUUGUAAAAUGCUAUCAGCAGCAGACUAUUGUAAUACCUCUCCUACUUCCACUAUGUUAAUUCCAUCAGCGCUGUUAUUCCAGAGCUCGGAAGAGCAACCAAAAUUGUUGGGUAAAGAAAUGUUUCGAAUUUUUAGUGGUUCUCAUUUGCACACGACGACAGACAGCGAAAAAGUUGUUGCGAAGCCUUUAGUGAUAUUGGUAUUUACUGGUAAUAGUGAUGAUUUGUUCAAUCGUAUCUUAGAAACUCUUAGUACGAUAAUUCCAUCUGAUACUUACACCGUGUUCCAUCUGUCGUAUAAAGCUUUCUGCAAGCAUCCAUGGAUAGGACAAGGUACAGCAUGCUUGAUUGUAGCUGAUACGUCGCAUCUGGAUGAUAAAUGUUGGAUUCGACUUCAGCAGUAUUUCAGUAAUUCAGGCAAAAUUCUUUUCCUGUGUCAAAAUAAGCUUUUGGCAAGUUUAUCGGCCUGUGAUAAUUCAAAAAAGACUACCAAGUUGCUGAAGAUGGCAUUUGGUGAAAGACAGUCGAAGAAACUCGGAAAGGACUUUGAACAUUUCUUAAAGAAAACUUUAAAAACGCUACAUAAGGAGAAAAAGGUAAACCAGACUUUUCAUGCAAAAGAUCUUUUCGGUGGUUACAAAUAUUCCGUUGUGUUAAAUAAAACUGAAGACAGUCCGUUUUUAUUAUAUAUGGAGAAUGCAGCGCAACGUGCGAGUGCCCUGUUUAGUGAUGCGACAAGCGAACAAUUACUUCAGUCCGGUUCAACGCUAAUUGCUGAUGCUCUUUCACGUCUUUCUAUAAAAAUCACUACGAAUUUAACGAUACCAUCCCUCACACCAGGAUAUUUUAUUUGUGAGUAUGAUCGAAUGCCGUGGGAUAUGGAGGGUAUGCAUUUCAAUGAACCAUUCGGCAUCAUGCCAAAACUAUUGCUCAAGCAGAUCAGCAAACAUGGACCAUUACCAGAGGUUUCAAGCGAGUUACUUCCUGUUGAAGUCCGAACACGGGCAGAACAUUUGCCUGGUUUUGACGAUGAAAUUUAUUUUAAGAGGCUUAAAACUCCGAAGCUUGGCAAAGCUUUACUUUAUAUUCCAGUGUGUGAGACGACAAUGGAAAUUGGAAAAUGUUUGGCCUUUGCAAUGCCUGAAGAGCCAAUUGUGAUCGUUGCUCGACAACAAACCAAAGGAAGAGGUCGAGCAGGAAAUCAAUGGCUUAGUCCAAUUGGAUGUGCCAUGUUUACAUUUAAUUAUAUGUUGUUGCCCGGAUCGGCUCUUAGUAAUAAUGUUGGCAUCAUUCAACAUAUUUUCUGUGUUGCAAUUGUCAGUGGCAUUUGCUCACUUCGAAAGGAAUUAGAGAAUUUCCCAUUGAAAAUUAAGUGGCCAAAUGACCUUUACUAUGGUCGAACGUGUAAAAUGGGUGGUCUAAUUGUGAACGCCACAACAAUUAAUGACAAAACCGUUUGUACAAUUGGUGCUGGGUUGAAUUUGUCGAACAACAAACCGACUGCCUGCAUUAAUGAUUUCUUACCACCGGAUUUAAAGAUACGACAAGAGGACUAUAUUGCUAAUACUUUAAACAAAUUUCAAUAUUAUGUUGAUCUCUAUGAGAAUGAGGGUGAGAGUGCAUUUUUGAAGGAUUACUAUCGAUUUUGGCUACACAGCCGAGAAGAAGUAACUUUGUCCGAUACUAAUGAAAAGGUUGUAAUACGAGGACUGGACCAUUAUGGAUUUUUAAAAGUUCGAAGCCGUCAAAGCGGAAAAGUAAUGGUCGUACAUCCGGAUGGCAACACCUUUGACAUGAUGAAAGGUCUUAUUACGGCUAAAUAUGUUUGA